AUGGACUGGGGUCCCAGCCCUCCCAACCAGACAGAGCUGCAGGCCUCUCAGCAGUCCAUUCCUGAGUGUCCCAUCUGCUAUAGGCCCUAUGACAACAUCUUCCAGAAGCCCCUGCUCCUCCCUUGCGCUCACACCUUCUGCCUGGAAUGCCUGUCGAGGAUCUGUAUCUUCGUGAAACAAGCCCAGACCUUCCCUUGCCCUCUCUGCAGAGCACAAGUGCCCGUCCCUGAUGGAGGGAUCCCCAAAUUCCCACCCAAUAUGGAUGUUGUGACCCAGUUCCCUCCAUGGCUGCUGCCCCUGCAGGAGGUCUGGCUAGAUGGACACAGACUGUGCUGGAUCAAACAGCCGUCCUUGUCCUGUCAAGUGAGUGCUGGUGAAGAAACCCCUGAGAUGCUGGUUACAGUGGAGUUAUUAUACAACCCAGCCCCUCGGGACGUCAGUAGAAGAGAUCUGAUAGGUAUCCACCAUCCCUCCCGCUUGUCCACAUGCAGGGGGCUAUGCCAGCUCCUAUGGGAGCGUCGCCUGGCUGUGUUCUGGAUUGCUAUCCUGAUGCUGGUAUUGAUCGUUUUACCCAUCAUUUUUAUACCUGAUUCCCACAUGACCAGGACUCCAGAAGGUCAGCGCCAGGUGGGGACCUUUCUGACAGCCAAUGCUCCAAGCAGUCUGAGCAGGUCACAGAGCUUCUAG